UCAGCUUUUUGGUUUUCGCUCCGUGAUUUUUUGACUUAACUGCAUUUAUUUAUUUAAAAACGUUAGGAGUAAUUUAUUUUGCCAACAAAGCACCAAUUUCUUUAUUAAAUCGUAUGAAAUGUAACUGAUUUUUAAUCAUUAUUUAUGAACUUUACGUACACUGUAGGGUGAGAAUCGCGUUUAUUUUAAUUUGUAAAAUUUACAUGGUAUUUAUGAAAUUAUUAAGGUUUCGGGUAUUUAAGUGAACCACGGCGUCGAAGAAAAACGAGAUUUCCUCCAACACGGAGACGGAUUACAGAUUCAAAGUAAGUUUUCUAUGCCCGCCGCCAGUUUCGGGGCUCAGCUUGCCCCUCUUGGCGACGGGGGCAUCAAAGACGUGUGGAAUUCUAACCUACAUGAAGAAUUUCAAAUAAUUAGACAGGUGGUGCAGAAGUACCACUGGGUUGCUAUGGACACAGAGUUCCCCGGUGUAGUGGCACGGCCUAUUGGUGAAUUUAGGUCCACUGCAGACUACCAGUACCAGCUACUCAGGUGCAACGUGGAUUUGUUGAGGAUCAUCCAGCUGGGCCUCACGUUCAUGGACGAGAAUGGCAAAACACCGCCAGGCUACACCACCUGGCAAUUUAACUUCAAAUUUAAUUUACAAGAAGACAUGUAUGCGCAGGACUCCAUAGAUUUAUUGCAGAACUCGGGGCUCCAAUUCAGGAAGCAUGAGGAGGACGGUAUUGAACCGCUGGAGUUCGCCGAGUUGCUCAUGACAUCAGGCCUGGUUCUCAUGGACAACAUCAAAUGGUUAAGCUUCCACUCCGGCUAUGACUUCGGCUACCUGCUGAAGCUGCUCACCGACCAGAAUCUACCGCAAGACGAGAAUGACUUCUUUGAGAGUCUACGGCUGUAUUUCCCUACUGUUUACGAUGUCAAGUACCUCAUGAAGCUCUGCAAAAAUCUGAAGGGCGGAUUGCAGGAGGUGGCAGACCAGUUGGAGCUGCGGCGCGUUGGGCCGCAGCACCAGGCUGGUUCCGACUCUCACCUCACUGGGAUGGCGUUCUUCAAGAUCAAAGAGAUAUUUUUCGACGACAACAUCGAGAGCUCAAGCGGGCACCUGUACGGUUUGGGCGCCCCGUUCUCCGCGUCCGCGAACACCUUCCAGGAGGGCGGCGAGGCGGGCACCUCGUCCUGAUCGGCGGAGGCCGGCGCGCCCGCCCCGUCCCCGCGCCUCUACCUGCAGGAGUGAGCCGCGCCCGCCGCCGUUCCUGCCAAGAGUGCGUCACUGACACUACACACUAGACUCUAAAGUGAAUGGAACUCGCAUAUGAAUAUGAAUUGAAAAUGAUUUAUUCCCUAAUUGUUACUGGGCGUUUUAAAAGUAUUUUACCAUUCGAAAAGAAUGAUAAAUAUUUUUAAAAUAUUGACAUUUAUUUUUAAAUAGGUGACUCAUAUUUUUAUCAAUUGUCACAUGACGUUAGUUACGUUUUUAAAGAUAAUUUUAAGCUUUCCAUAUUAUUUACAUUUAUUUUAAUAUGUCCAUAUGAAAUGAAGUGUGCAAGCCGGUAUAGAACUAUUUUACAGUGAUAAACACUAUUUCACUAAAAUGAACAUUGAUAAUAACAUUUUUUACCAAUGACAAUGUACCACUCAAUGCAACUGAAGCGUAUUUUAAGUGUCAACGCAAUUCCAGAAAUAGGCUGGUCAUGUGUCCUUUCCGAAGUUACAUUGAUGUAAGUGCUAAAUCAUUACCCAUUCUUAGGGCAGCUUGCCUCGAAACGCAUGUAACUAUCUACUCACUUCGAUACGUUCUAGAUUUUCUAAAACAUAGACGUAAGAAGUGCCCAACAUUGUGACUCUAGUUUGAACGUAUUUAACAGCCAAACCAGUAUUGUGAGUUCAAUGAAACCGGUCGGUGCUUGGUUUUAAUAUUGUUUAAUAUUCGCACUUUUACAAAAAUGGCUUCACACCAUAACUUUCACUGUUAAACAUAGCAGUGAAAGCCAGCAUCCACAUUCUGAUGAACCAUACAUGCAAACAAAUAUUGACGAACUACGACCCUCCGUAUGUCUAAGCACUGAUCAGUGGGAACGAAUUUAAACCUAUUGUAUACAAAGGAUUUUAAUUCGUACGCACUAGUCAGUGCUUAGACAGAUGAAAGGUCAAGAUCACAGACGUUUUGGCGCAACUGGCCCUUACUCUAAAAGCACUGAAACUGCAAAAAAGACAUCGCAUGCCAUCUUGUUUAAUACACAAGACACAGCCUAAUGAAAGGUGCAUUGUGUACGAACAAAAUCUAGUUCCUAUCACUCUGCUUUGACUUCUGGAAACAUUUGAUAUUUAAUUUAUGACGAUUGGGAUGAUUAACUUAUAAUGAAGUGAUUUUAAUUAUUUUUAAAUACUAUAUUAUAUGGUGCGUCUUUUUUACGUGUCGUAUACUUAUUUAUAAUCAUGUAUUAGCUCGAUACAAAGCUUUUUUUAUAUUUUGACAUUAAUGUAAGGGAUAUUUUAACAUGCAGCAAUACCAUGUUUAUUUGUCUUGUCUUACUAUUGUUCAUUCAUAAAUGUAUAUGCACUAUUGCACCUGUGUGUACAUACUUGCAUAUAGGAUUACUUAUCAUUAUAUUCAUAACGUGACGCUGGUAAACAUGAAAUUUUGUUUCAAACUGUAACUUCUGUAACUAUCAUCAAUACAUCGAAUAUCAGAAAUUAUUUAUGUAACGUAAAUGAUCAAAUAAUAAUUUUGAUGAGUCUGAAUAUUUAUAAAAUACUGAAUAGGCAUGUUGACAAGUUUUUAGAACUGUAUUCAUUUUAUAGACACGUAAUUAUUACAAAAAAAAAAUAUUUAAAAUUUUUAUUCAUAAUUUUAAAUACUAAAUAGAGCUUAAUUAGUUUAGUGUUUAAAGUUUGAGCCUAAACGCUCCAAGCUGUCACGUGACGUCACGAAUAGAUAAAUAAACAAACUGCUGCCAAAAUGUCAGUCCUAGCGUAGAACAAAAGCUGUAGUAUUUAAUUUAUCUCUCUUUCUAAAAGAUCAGUAUUACGUAAAUAUAUAAGCUAAAAUAAUGAAUAACAAGUUUUACGUAUCUUUAUGCAGUGCCCUGUGUGUAAAUGAACAACAAUCAAGACCCUAGAGUAUAAAACAAAUAUUUGUUACAUGAUACUUACGUUGCAGUUUCGGAUUUUGACUUGAAUGAUAUUGUUACUUGCGAACUAUAUGUAUACAUAUUACGUUCAGCGAUGAUAAAACCAUUUCAAAAAUGAAUCACAAUAACUGAUUUCACACAAAAACUCUUACAGUUACAAUUUAAGAUACAACUAAAAUUGUGAGUGCAAAUAUAGGGCGCAGAUAUAACUUUUUAUUUUUUUUUUUGUUUCGAACAGCCAACAUGGCGAUGAUAGUUCCAUUCAGCCAAAUUAUUAAAAAGAUUUUGGUGAAAUAUCAUAUUAUUUAACAUUUUAUUUAUUUAAUAACAAAUAAAUAUAUAUUUUUAUAUCAUGUAAUAAUAUUUAUUGUACGUAAUAAAUGUCUAUUGUCGAAUUAAAAAAUAUAUACAGUUUUUGAACAUCCAAACUUUUUGGCGGUGUCGUAUGGAUUACGGUCAGGUUUGACGACUAGUCUGUGGUGAUUCUCAUGUCAUGACGUCACGCGCUCCGAUUGGCGUUUGCAGUCACGUGAUACUGGGCAUUAUUUUAAAUACUUUUGAUUAUUUAUAAUUAAUUUAUUACGCAUAUUUACACUUGCAAAAUAUGAUUUUCAGCAUUCUAAUAUUCCCUGCUAUGGUAAAAACAUAACAUGUUAUAUAUUCGCAAUUCAUGUCAACAUGCCUAUUGUAAUUCAUUUGACAUUUUUUGUGAUAAAUACCUGUAGGUAUAAAAUGAUACUCCUACGGUGUUUCUAUUCUUAUAACAAAUAAGACACAUGAUUCGGACGAUGUCUUACACUAUAGUUCUUUUUUUUGCAUUAGAAAUAAGGUAAACAAUCCAAGUGUCUUUUAUUGAAAAACACAUUUUAAAAAUAAGUUACGGCAAAUGUGUAACUAUUAUGAAUCUAAUAAUAAUUUAUAUUCUUCUGCUUUCACAAUAGUUAUUGAUUUUUAAAAAGCGUUUUUCAAUUAAAAGCCUUGUGAAGAUCGUUUACCUUCUUUCAAGUUCUUUGUAAUGCUAAAAAAACGAACUAUAGUGCGGACGGACGUAUGCAUUUACUGAACUGAAGCGGAUAAGAUUUUAUAUUUAAGUAAUUUGGCCACAAAUUACAAAUAAUUUUCGCCAUCUCAGAUUAUCUAUCAGUUUACGGAUUUCCAUGCCGUUUUUACCUAUCAACAGAGGGUUUCUUGUGGAAGGUUUAGGUGUAUAAUUAUUUAUUAAUCUGCGUAGCCGGGGUGGGUCGCUAGUGUUUCAUAAGUUUUGAUUCAGUCAGUUACUUGACCAUAUAGGACCAGAUAAAGAACGAGUGGAAAACUAUUUUGUAAUAAUUUUCACCCGUUCUAUUAUGCAAUAUAAAACUAAAUCAUAUUUUAAACCGUUGAAGAUUACCCUGCAAUGUGAUGCUCCCAUGAUUACUUAAAUAUAUAGUAUAUAGGUUAGUAUUUAUAUGAUGUAGUGUUAAUUUUACAAAGUAAAUAUUGUAACACGAUGUAGGUAUUUAUGGAAACAUUUAAGUGCGAUCUUGGGUCUCAUGCACCUGACGAAUUAUAGGUUUAUAAACAAAUAUACUAAUGUUCAAUCGUUCAGAAGAUAUAUUAUAUAAGUGUCGAAUCGGUUAAAAGGCCACUUCCUUGUGUAGGUAAAACAAACUACUUUUGGACUGUCGAAUACCAUGGCUGUUUAUCUAAUAUAUCGAAUGUAUCGAUGAUCGUUCGACGACCGAGGCACUGGGGGCCUAGACAAGAUGACAAUCGUACAUCCACAAACGCCAAACGAAUAGAAACAAUAGUAGCAGAAGGUCUAAGGUCCUGUUUUCUAAGGGGACCUUGCAUU